GAAAAUGGUUCAACCUCCUCCUCCUAGCCUCCUGAUCACAACCUCUUAUCUCAGGAUCAUCGUCACCUCACUCACACAUCAGACACAUGACGUUCUCGACAACGACAGUAGUAACGGAAGACCUAGCCAUGUCUUCGUCUGCUACUAUCGCCGCGCGGUGGUGGUCUGGUAAAGAAUCACUCUUUCCGUGGAUACCUAAACCGGUGAAACUCUUGAUCCUCUUGAUCUUCGUACUGAACGCUAAAUCAUGGCCGUUCGUCUGGCACGUCAAAGUCUGGUACCCAGCCAUCCUCGCACACUAUAAAGCCCGGAGGUACGGCUUGAAGGACUAUUACCGGAGACUCCAGAUCGGGCUCCCGGGUGCGCUUUCCAGCAACUCUACAUCCACAUCCACAUCCACGUCCAUAUCCUCGAAAGCUGCAGAUGAAGUCGAUACCGGAAGCUUGCCACCGAAAGUACAACGGGCGUUGGAUUUGGGGAGGAAACACAAGUUUGAACAUCCGUUGGGGGUCAAGAGUACGAGGAGGUAUUCGGCUGGGUUUGAUGAUUGCGACUACAACUACCACCUCUCCAACUCUUCAUACGCCAAGAACCUCGAUUCGGCCCGCAUGUCGGCGUGUAUCGAGUUGUUCUCGCCGUUGUUCGCUCCGGGCGGGUGGAUGGCUUUGGGCGCCGCGCAUUAUCAUUAUAUCAAGGAGAUCCCGAUGUUUGCCGAUUAUGAGAUCCAGCUGAGUAUCGGCGGGUUCGAGGACAAGUGGAUCUACCUGGUUGGAGAGUUCGUAACUUACCCCAAGGGUCAAGGCAAGAACAAGAACAAGAGAUCGAAAUCGAAUUCGGGCGGGACGAGACCUUCACCGGAGAGCCCCGCUGCUAUUACAACCACCAGCGCCACCACCACCAACGCCUCUGAACCGAACGGAAAUUCCGAAACCGACGAAAGAACAUCUCUGGAGAAAGAGAUCGUCCGCCGAAAACUCUCCGAGGCGAACCGGGAUACCCCGAGGGAAGACGGCGGGGUGUUGAACUGUUUCAGCGUGUCGGUCUAUUGUUUCAAGUUGGGGAGGUUGACUGUGCCGCCGCGCGUCGCCCUCUCCUUUUGCGGAUACGGUGACGCCUCCAACUGGGCUCGCGCCCAAGACAUGCUCUUGAACACCCCUGACCGUGGUCGGAAAUGGCUCCAGGGAGGUUGGAAGGACGAACCCUCGCCUGUCGGGGCCGAGUGGGAUGUCAACGUGGACACGGAUUCGGACGCGAACGCUAGCGAGGCGGGUAGCAGAGGUAGCAAAGAGGAGAAUAAGAACGAGGUGUACAGGCGUGGGCGGGAAGAAGGAGCUCGGUUGAAAGCGGGUCUGGAUGGGCUGAGACAGGUCGUGGGGAGCGUCAGGAAGGUUUAGAUGAGGCAGAAUUUUCUAUCGAUGUAAAACAGGAUAGCCAACGCAGAGGAUAGGAUGCACACAACUAUAGAGAGUGCUGUUAUUGAU